AUGGAAGCAGCUAACCUGUCGGUGGCCUCCACCGGCGUCGCCCUUCGCCUGGGACCCGAAGCCUUCAGCAGUAGCCCAAACCCAAGCGGGGUCGUCGGAUCGACCCCAGGUGGUGCGGCCCCGCCGGGCCGAGAACCGCCUUUCUCCGUCUUCUCGGUGCUGGUAGUGACGCUGCUGGUGUUGCUGAUAGCGGCCACGUUCCUGUGGAACCUGCUGGUUCUGGUCACCAUCCUGCGGGUCCGCGCCUUUCACCGUGUGCCGCAUAACUUGGUGGCCUCGACGGCCGUGUCGGACGUGCUAGUGGCAGCGCUGGUAAUGCCCCUGAGCCUGGUGAGCGAGCUGUCGGCGGGGCGACGGUGGCUGCUGGGCCGGAGUCUAUGCCACGUGUGGAUCUCCUUCGACGUGAUGUGCUGCACCGCCAGCAUUUGGAACGUGGCGGCCAUCGCCCUGGACCGCUACUGGACUAUCACGCGCCACCUGCAGUACACGCUGCGCACCCGCCGCCGCGCCUCGAUGCUCAUGAUCGCGCUCACCUGGGCGCUCUCGGCUCUCAUCGCCCUCGCACCACUGCUCUUCGGCUGGGGCGAGGCGUACGACGCUCGACUCCAGCGCUGCCAGGUGAGCCAGGAACCCUCCUACGCAGUCUUCUCCACCUGCGGCGCCUUCUACCUGCCGCUUGGCGUGGUGCUGUUUGUCUAUUGGAAGAUAUAUAAGGCGGCCAAGUUUCGCUUCGGUCGCCGCUGCAGGGCUGUGCUGCCCUUGCCCUCCACUGUGCAGGUAAAGGAGGCCCCUCAGGAGGCUGAGAUGGUGUUCACGGCCCGCCGCCCCAUGGUGGCCUUUCAGACGAGCGGAACCUCGUGGCGGGAGCAGAAGGAGAAGCGGGCGGCAGUGAUGGUGGGCAUCCUCAUCAGCGUGUUCGUGCUGUGCUGGAUCCCCUUCUUCCUGGCUGAGCUCAUCGGCCCCCUCUGUGCCUGCAGCCUGCCCCCCAUCUGGAAAAGCGUGUUCCUGUGGCUUGGCUACUCCAACUCUUUCUUCAAUCCCCUGAUUUACACAGCAUUUAAUAAGAACUACAACAAUGCCUUCAAGAACCUUUUCACCAGGCAGAGAUAA